UUACAUUUCCACAGUCACUAGUUUGUGCAAAUAAGAGCCUAAAAUAAUAAAUAAAAAUAAACAAGAAAACAUUUGAAUCAUAUUUUAGAUCAAAUCCACUUCUCAAUCCACAAAUAAAAUAAUUAUAAUAAAAAUAAUGCAAAAUGGCCAAAGAAGUCAGUAAAACUUGUCGCACCUGCCUUGGCUGCAAUUUAGAACUACUAUCAAUCUACAAUGGCCACGACAAAACAGUUGUUAAAAUGCUGGAAUAUAUUCUUGACACUCAGCUCGAGGUAUCUGAUGAACUGCCGCAAAAAGUUUGCCACGAGUGUUUUAACGAUAUUGGUCGCUGCUACUCGUUCAAAACAAAAUGCAUCAAAUCUUUUAAAAUUCUGAGGAAUCAACUUGAUAAAAGAAAAACUUUUGCUCAAGUUAUGCAAAUUAAAGUAGAGCCCGAAGUUGUUAAUUCGAACGAAUUGAUCGAUUCACUAAAUGCAUCACAAAAGACUCUAGACUCAUCCUAUCACGGGUUGUCAACAAUGGAAAUGGGCUCUAUUAAAAUCGAGGCCAAUGUAUGCCAAGAAGAUGAGAUACGAACGCAACAAUUGCAUUCGUAUGAAAAAGAAACCCCCUCCACCCCAACAAUAGCACCAAGCAGCAACAACCACGUUGAUGAUAGUCAUUGUGAAAAUUUUCAAGAACAAGAUAAUUCAACUAAUGUUCACACAGUUCAGUAUCUUAUAAGAGAACUGCAAGAAGAACGAGACUCAACUGAUCAAGUUUUUGAAGUUGAAGUUAACAUUCGCCAUUGUCCAUAUUGUGCCGCUGGAUUUGGAAGAAAAUCGGACUUCAGUAAACACUUAAAAAAAUGCAAAAGAAGAAAUGGAAUAGAAGAAGAAGAAGACACCAACCAAAAAGACAAUGUUAAAAGACACAUAUGUCCCAUUUGCAAAAAAGCUUUUCCUAGGCCAUGUCGUCUCAAAAACCAUCUGGAAAAACAGCACGCAGGCAAACUAAAGCAAGAAGCUAAAUCCUCUAGAAAAUAUAAGUGUCCUCAUUGCGAUUUGGGUUUCAAUUUAGAAUAUUAUUUCAAAGAUCACUUAAGAUCUCACACAAAUGAAAGACAGUCAAAUCACACGCUACACGGUGAAGAAAACUCACAAAAGAGAAAAAAACACAAGUGUAAAGAAUGUCUUAAAGAAUUUGAAAUGUUCUCACAACUUAACAUUCAUAUUUUAUUAGAUCAUAAAGCUAAAAACCAUUAUUUUUGUAAGUUGUGUCAAAGGCAAUUUAAGCGUGAACACGAUUUUAAAUCACACAGUAUUCUUGUACAUAAUGAUGAUAAACCCUUUAAAUGUAAAUUUUGUGCAACUGGUUUCAAUGGAAAAAAUAACCUUGUUUCUCAUGAACAAACAUGUAUUUUGUAGACCAAAUUUAGAAUAAAAUAAGUUAAAAUAUAAGUUGAUAAAAUAUAAUAUAAACAUUUAACUAUUGAACUAAAACAGAGAA